CACACACACUUCCACACAGACACAGAUACACACAGCCGUAAUCGCGCCCCGCCCGUGAGUACACUCUGGUCGCGAGUCUCCUACCAACCCUGCUUACUGCUACAGUAUCGAUGAAGUUGUUUCAAAGAUGGCGGAUUUCCUGCCGUCCCGGUCCGUUUUAUCUGUAUGUUUUCCAAACUGUCUCCUCACUAGUAACGAGGCAGAACAAUUAAGGAAAUCUAAAGAAAUAGACAAAUGUAUUUCACGGGACAAGACGUAUGUGAAGCGACUAGUGAAGAUUCUGCUACUCGGAGCGGGUGAAAGCGGCAAAUCCACUUUCCUGAAGCAGAUGCGCAUCAUCCAUGGGCAGGACUUCGAUCAAAGGGCCAAAGAAGAGUUCAGGGGCACGAUUUAUAGCAAUGUAAUAAAAGGGGUGCGCGUGUUGGUGGACGCCAGAGAGAAGCUGCACAUCCCGUGGGGUGACGCGUCCAAUCAGAGCCAUGGAGAGACCAUGAUGGCGUUCGACACGCGGUCGUCCCGGGUGGCGAACGGCAUGGUGGAGACCCGGGUCUUCCUGGAGUACAUCCCCUCCAUCCAGGCCCUGUGGGCCGACUCGGGCAUCCAGCACGCCUACGACAGACGCAGGGAGUUCCAGCUGGGGGAGUCGGUGAAGUAUUUCCUGGAUAAUUUGGAAAAGCUCGGACAGCCGGACUACCUUCCAACUCAACAGGACAUCCUUCUGGCCCGUAAGCCCACCAAGGGGAUCCACGAGUACGACUUUGAGAUCAAGAAUGUUCCCUUUAAGAUGGUGGACGUCGGGGGUCAGAGGUCAGAGCGGCGGCGGUGGUUUGAGUGCUUCGAUUCGGUCACCUCCAUCCUCUUCCUUGUCUCCUCUUCGGAGUAUGAUCAGGUCCUGAUGGAGGAUCGCCAGACCAAUCGGCUCAGCGAGUCCCUCAACAUCUUUGAGACCAUCGUGAACAACCGCGUCUUCUCCAACGUCUCCAUCAUCCUCUUCCUCAACAAGACGGACCUGCUGGAGGAGAAGGUGCGCUCCGUCCCCAUCAAUGACUAUUUCCCAGAGUACACCGGGGAGCCCCACUGCCUGGCCGACGUGCAGCGCUUCCUGGUGGAAUGCUUCCGGGGGAAGAGGCGGGAGGCGCCGCAGAAACCCCUGUACCACCACUUCACCACGGCCAUUAACACGGAGAACAUUCGCCUGGUGUUCCGAGACGUCAAGGACACCAUCCUCCACGACAACCUCAAGCAGCUGAUGCUCCAGUGAUCGUUGCCGGGAGGAUUGGGGGGGAGGGGUCAACUUGCACGCUCCGCGGUGUCGCGACCUUACAGAGGUCUCGACCCUCGGGGCCCGACGAGCGUGUGGAGCUACGCUGCAUUUUGCCUCAUGGCGACCUUUUAAAAAAGAGAGAGAAAAGUCACCUUUCAACCGUUAACCCCGUGGCCUCCAGUCACCUUUGACCUCGGUGCGGUCGCUUGCUACCUAUGACGCGUGCCCCUUAACCACUGAACUGUUACCACUUCUAAUGAACUUCUCCCCAGCCUUUGAACCCCACCCACACACACACACACAAAACCACUGUAAAUGAACUCCGCCCCGCUCACUGUAAAUGACACUGAGAGUCUCUGUCAGUCUGUUGAUGGGCUCUGUUCACCCUUUGGAAGCGGGUGAAGUUGCCCAAGGAUGCUGACCUCGGGUCAGUAAUACGUGUUCCCUCACUAACUGCUGUAGUUGGUAUUCGGGGAGGUUAACCUGAUCCCAGAUCUGUCCGACCCCCCCCACCCAGAGUAGAACUGAUGAGCCGGUUGUCUUUUGCCCUGGGGACGGUUAAGGAAAGGGCUUCACAGCACUGUACUGAAACAGAUCCCAAUGAGUCUAGGAAUAAGGCUUUCACCACUGCCUGAUACUCACCAAACAGGGCUGGUGUGAGUGUUGAGGCCCACGUGCACACGCCCUGGUUAAGCCCCUGUUAUAGGAUUUCACUGGGCCUCAUUUUCUAAUCCCUCAUUUGAUUUCUUGAAAUGUUCCUCCUUUGUUUCACUUUAUUUUCUCCAAUGUAUUUCCUCUGCCUGGUCUCACAUUUCAUUUAGGACGGUUUGAGACUUGAUUUGUGACUGCUGACGGAAACUGUUACAGGCACGGUAGAGGGUGUGUGAGCAUCAGCACGCACCCACACACACACACACACACACACACACACUCCAGCAGCUUCAUAAUUGACGUAGCUGAUUCUCAGGGCACAUUGUGGACCACUUAUUUGUGUAUUUGAAACAAUGAAUUACAUGUGCCUAAGCCCCCUCCCUCUCACUCUCUCACACACACACACUCUCUCACACACACACACACACACACACUCUCACACACACACACUCCAUUAGAGGCGGGUAGUCUAAACAACUAGCUGAAAUCCCGUCUCCCAUCUCUGCAGUGACCCUUUUUUCUGCCUCCCUCGUUCUCUCUUUUUGUUCGCUAAGCGAGGAACGACAAGUCUCAUUUAACCCUGUGGAGUCUCAAGACAUACAUCUUCCCCUCAGUGUGAAAUACUUCUUUUUUUUCCUUUUUUUCUGCAGCCUCACUGACAAAACGGCCUUUUCUAUCCUGCCAAGCCCAGGCCUCGGCCAAAUGGAAGAGUCCGACGUUUGGUUUUUACCAUUAAGUCUUUCUAUGUGUGUCCUGAGUCUUAAAGAAUUUCCUGUUGAGCGCCAAGUUGUCUCCACGGUCCCACUUCCAGUUAUCCUGGAGACAUGCCUCAAAGACCCCACCUCCAUGUGCCCUAACAGGUGCCCUGUUGGGAUGUAAACCCUGCCCUCUUGUGUUUCCGUGGUAACCAAAGGGGAUGGCACAGUGGCAGAGCCGGCCGAGCGCCUGUUGCCAGGAGGGUUGGCGGCUGUCGUCUGCGUCGUUUACAGGUGGUUGUGGAGUCGCUGUGGGGGUUCCUUGGCCUCCUCGGCCUGUUGUCUGAUGCGUAUGUGUAGUUGUCUCUCACCCCACCCCGCUCAGCUACCGAGUCCCAAGACACCCGCCAGGUGAGUCGGACGCAGUUCGGGAAGCUGUGUCUUCUAACGGUCUGAUGUAACCACGCACGUGUUGUCAUGUCUGUAGGGACCAAUCUGGGGGUGGUUUGUUCGAUUGCCGUGGCCUGAUUAGUCGAUAGGGCAUAUUUACUAUGAAAACCAGCCGAGCGCCUUUAGUGCCCUCAAUCUCUCUCUCGCUGUCUCCCUGCCUACUAUAGCCAGUCUGUGUCCCAUUUGAGAAGCCUUGUCCCCAAUGGAGUCCUAUUCCCUAUCUAGUACCCUACUUUUAACCAUGGUUCUGUUCACAAGUACUUCACUAUGUAGGGAAUAGGUUGCAGUUCAGGAGGCUCCCUGUCCCCCCACCCCCCAACACUGUGUCAGCCUUAUUCUUGUCCCGGCCGAUGGCUCCAGGCGACACCCCUGUGCGUCUCCCAGUCUUCCGAGGCACAGAGCUCUUUGUCUGGACUUCAGACUGUGUCAUGGCCCUUUGGCUGGAGGCCCGGUGCUAUGGCCCUGGAAAAGAAGGGCCACCAUUACAUCCUCUGUCCCAGUCGGCUGAACUGGUUUGACUAGAUACAGUGUCCCCUUCCUCCCCACACACACACACACACACACACACACACACACACCAGAGCAGUGGCCUCUAAAGGUCUUUGUCCGUUCAAAACAAACAGGUUUUUCAACGAUACAAGUAACCACGCGGUUCUUUAACAGGGAGAACUGGUUUAUCCCGGUGGAUGUACAUUUCAGACCACACAGACCAAGAUGCAGCAGAAACUAACCCUUAUGGGUCACAUGUGUAGCCUUCCACUGACAGAACCAAAAGUGCCUAUUCCAGAACCAUUUUCCUGGUGAUACUGUGUGUGCCAGAACUCUGUCCCCUCUCAAACGUCCGACCGGCGUGGUCUCCCAUCAGGCUGUGCUUUGUGCCAGACUUCCGCAUGGGUGUGACUCAGCCUCAGGACAGACAGAGACAUGGGUUUCUUUGGUCUUAUCUGGUCCGUUGAGGGAGAGCGGGAGCUCUUUGUCACGUAUUCUCCACUCCAGUCGGAGCGAGAGCAGGAAAGAGCCCGUCGAACAGUGUAGCGGGGGCAGCUUGUGUGUUGGAGAGAGUCUGUCGCCUCGGGCCGCCUGGCGGCUCUGCUUGCUCUGCUGCAGUUUUCAAUGUGUGCCAACGGGCCUGUUCCAGCACCCACACAGGCACCACGUAGAAUGAAGCCAUAUUAUAAAGUGGCCGUGUGUUCUGAAUGGCACACUAUUGCCCAAGUCAGGACGCAGCGCCCCCGAGUCAGUGCAGAUUCACUGUCUAGCUCUAGAGGUGCGCUUUGAAGGUGUCAACAAGCCUUGUGCCAUUUAGCGUCUUAAUAUGCGGUAGUGUCUUUACGGAAUGAAAGCUCUACACCUCUUUUUUCUACACACAAAUGAAUCUACAACUCAGGCUAAAAAGGUCUGUAAGAUGCCAACGAUUUAGGGAUUUCAUUGUGUGAAGACCACUGUCUUAAGUGUUUUUUUUUAUGAUUUUUGUUGCUUUUAAAGGAUUUUAAUGUGUCCUUUGAGGACACACCUUAGUCAACACACCUCCAUCCACUCUGUUUUAUCUCUGUCGUUUUGACUGGUGUCACAGGGGAUUCCCAAACACACUUUUAAUUCUGUGGGGAGUUUGGGGGGGCUUGGCGUGUAAACGAGAUGCCUGAGUGCUACGGUCCACCCAACAACAAGAUGUAUUAGAGAUCAUUCUCAGUGAUUCGGAUGAUUUCUUACAAUGUUGUUAUUGUUGUUUUUGGCUGCACCAUUUAAUCAAGUUCCUUGUUUUCUUAGAGAAGAAAUAUUAAUAUGCAAAUAAUCUGGCAAAAUAUUACUGAUAUUUUAGUGCCUCCUGUUCCGAAACUGCCUGUACUUUUUUUUUUUUUAUCCCCAAUCAAAUCGUUUAGUGUUUGUACUUAGGUUUUUCAGAUUUUUGCCAUAGAGGUAUUUUUAUGUCCUCAUAUCAAUGUGUUCCAAAUGACACCCUAUUCCUGUUCCCCGAAAGUAGUGUGCUACAUUAUGAACUAGGGUGCCGUUUGGGACAGAAGCCAAGAAGAUAAAUCACAUUACGACGAUUACAGACCUACUGUUUUUCUUGCUUAUACAUUUCAAAAGUUUUUUUUUUCUUGGGAAAUACGAUAAAAAUGCUUUCAUUGUACAGUCUCUCUAACUUAUACUAUCUUACCCUGUACUAUUCUCCCAAUAAAACAACAAACAAUUUUUCAAA